ACGGAUUUUGCCAUUCACUUCCCCCAUUCCCAGCGUCAAGUUCCGGCUCCUACUAUAAUACCUACACCAAGCUUUCCUAUUUGACGAUAUCCAGACUACAACCUUGUUGCUACUUGACGAUUGGACUGUUUCCCCAACCAAGAACUCGAAGACCGGAGGUUGCCAUGGAAUAUCACUUCGUUCCCUUAGAGGAGCGCGCAAAAGACGAGAAGGGGAAUCUCCUUCCCUGGGGCUACGUCUAUAAAGAUGAAUCUCGCAAUCCACGACGACCACCCGAAGAAUCAGGGCCGUUCGGCAGGCGAAGGAAUGCUCGAUACGACCAUGCUAGAUCGCGCGCUCGUACAGGAACACCAGCGAGGAGGGAGAACCCGAAUGUUGCAGAGUUCAGCCGUCUCUUCACGCAACAGCUGCAUGAGGAAGAAAAAUCACACUCCAACCCGUCAAAACCAGCAACAUCAACUACGCUAGAAAAUACCCGUCCUAACCCGCAUACUGAGAAAGUCGCCACCGAAUGCAUACUCUAUGGAUACAGGAGCAAGGACUCAGAGUGGAAGGUGAUUGACAAGUUCGAACGCAUCUCGCAGGGUUUUAUCUGCGAGGACUAUCCUCGGACCGAUCCCAACUUGACCAGCAGCUUCUCGGAACUGCUGAGUGGUGGUGAUAUUGUUAUUCGCGCGAAUCUUUCAGCAGAUGCGAACCGCAAGUCGAAACGGUACGCGGGAGGAUUCCACUGGAUUAAGAUCACGUUUGAUUCGCGCGCUGCUGCGGACCGGGCGAUUUUCUUCUCGCCCCAGGAAAUUGAUGGCCACUUUGUCUUUUGCAGAUUGUACGAUGGCCAGGGACCUGGGGAAGAUAUUCCAUUGCCUGUAGGGUCUGAUGCGGCUGCAACAGCUCUCCAGCCACAUGGCCGGAAUCAACAGCGCCCCAUAUCCACAUCACUCACCACACCCAUACUCCAAACGAAGGAUAAGGAUCGUCUCUUCGCCCCUCACCAGUCCACGAACAACAACCUGUUAGACAUCGAGGAAGAGUCCUCACAACUGUCUACCGCCACGGCAAGCUCAACGACCGCGACGGGAAUCGAGCAGCCGUCUCCACCAGCUCUCCGUCAACGACAAGCCCAACCCGCCGAACCUAAACCCGCUUCCGAGUAUAUGUCCCAUGUCCCUGCCGUCCGCAAGGCAGAACUCCGGCCCAUGAACGAAGCCCUCCCGCCCCAACCAACCGUCACGGAGCGUGUGCUCCGCUCUAUACCGAUCCUCAGCUGGUUCACUGGUGACAUCGUGGGGGAUGGGCCACAGCUCCGUGAAGACGGGAGUUUCGAUUACGAUAAGUCUAAUGUGUAUUGGCGGUUCUGGUAUAUGGUGGAUAGGAUUAUUGGGACGGAUAUUUGUGGGCUGAAGGAGGAGUUAUGAUAUGUUUGAGGGAUAGACCUUUUUCCAAUGUAUUAUACCUCGACCAUUCCAUAUGACACGGAAUACAGAUUAUGUCCAUCACAGCAAUGAUGGAGAGAAACGAACUAGAAUCCUCCUGUCCUACAUCAACUCUCCUUCUCCUUGCUUUCCUUCCCCUUAUUCAUAUCCUUACCCUUGAUCUGCUCUUCCCCCACCAGCCUGACUCUGACUCUGAUCCUGAGACUGUGUUCGGCGCUGAAUCCUAGGCAACCAGAACCUCCCAAGCACACCCCCCAAAACCGCCCCAUCCACCCACCUAACCAACCCAUACAAGACCCAUCCCCACCCCCAAAGCGACACACCCAUAAAACUAGUCACCAACAGCACCGGCCCGAGCACAACCAGCGACAAAACAGCCCACAGCGCUAUCGCAACAGCCGCGAACACACACAGUCCCGCCAGGAAGAUAAGCAGCGGCACCCCGCAGCAGAGAAGCUGGCAGAUGAUGGUUGAGGCGAAGGGACGGGAGAGCGUUGCUUCGUAUACGGCUGUUUGGCGGGGCGGGGGGAGGAGCCAGGUCAUUAGGCCUCUUAAGGCUGGAUUCAAGGUCGAGGGUGUUUGGGAGGAGGGAAUGGGACCAUUGGGAGAAGGCUGUUGAUAUGCUGACGGUUUGUUCUUGCUGGUCUUUGUCUUUUGGUUCGUCUGGGGGGAAUUCGCCUGGGAGGAGCGGGUGGGUGAGGUUUUCUGUUGUUUCCUUGAGGUCUGGUUGUUGUUGGACAUCUUUUGCGAUAGAUGGAGACUGUAUCUUGGGGGGUUUCUUGAGGCCACUGGUGACUGUGUUCAGGGACAUGGUGGUUAAUUAAUUGGUCUGGAGA